AUGGAAAUCCACGGCCAUUCCUAUAGCUGUGAAAAGGACGACUUGGAUUUGCACCCAGCUUGUAGCAAACUGCCAGAGAAAUUGCCCAUUAGUGGCACGGACUUUGUGCUCUGCAAAAAGGUCAAUUAUAAGUGCUUUUGGUGUAAACAGAAAAAGCCUAGCUGGCUCGCGGAAACCAAAGUUGCGGGUUUGUGUUAUGUUUCAAAGGGUGGCAAGUUCUCUUGUCAUGUGCAUUGUUUAUCUCUCGUGAUGCAAGAGGCUUGGAAGAGGGGGAGAGGGGACUUGGAUCGUAACGAUGACAAUGAUGAUGACAAUGAUGCUAUUUCUAAGGUGCUGGGAAAAGUGGAUUUGAAGCAUAUGGCUACUGCAAAAGGAAGUGGUGGGGAAGGUGGUGGAUUAUUUCUCGGGACGGUAACUAUAUUUCUUAAAACGAUAAUUAGUAUUCUAUUUGGAAAUCCAACUGGUUUGAUUGUGUUUGCUUUGACGGAAAUAGUCAAAGAAUUGACUCUCUAG